UUGGGCGGAUGGCAGCAAACCAGCUCCGCUAGGGACGAGCUGCACCAGCCUUUCCGCGGGAUCGCGCAGUGCCAAGUACACACAGCCAGGCGGGGGUGGCCGCUUGGGCACUGAAGUAGCUGAAAUGAGAAAGAGGCAGCAGUCACAAAACGAAGGAACAUCAGCUGUGUCUCAAGCACCUGGAAACCAAAGGCCCAACAACACAUGUUGCUUUUGUUGGUGCUGUUGCUGCAGCUGCUCAUGCCUCACUGUUAGGAAUGAAGAUAGAGGAGACAAUGCAGGAAGGCCAACACACACGACCAAAAUGGAGAGUAUCCAAGUCAUAGAAGAAUGCCAAAACCCUACUGCAGAUGAAAUUUUGUCUUGGGCUCAGAAUUUUGACAAGAUGAUGAAAACACCAGCUGGGAGGAACCUUUUUAGAGAGUUUCUUCGAACAGAGUACAGUGAAGAGAACCUGCUCUUCUGGCUCGCAUGUGAAGAUCUAAAGAAGGAACAGAACAAGAAAGUUAUUGAAGAAAAAGCAAGACUUAUAUAUGAAGAUUACAUUUCUAUACUUUCACCAAAAGAGGUUAGUCUUGAUUCCCGGGUGAGAGAAGUGAUCAACAGAAACUUGUUGGAUCCCAGUCCUCAUAUGUAUGAAGAUGCCCAGCUCCAGAUAUACACCCUCAUGCACAGAGACUCUUUUCCAAGGUUUUUGAACUCUCAGAUUUAUAAGUCUCUUGUUGAAAGUAUUACAGGCUCUACUUCUGAAACUUAGUUUUAAUUUUCAAAUAAAAUAACUUGGGUUUUUGGGGGUGGGCGGGGUGGAAGAAAAGUAGUUUAAUAACAUCUGGAGCUGAGUUCCUGGAGAACUACAGUUUAGCACUACUCAGGCUACUGUGAAGAAAACAAAUACACAUUAUGGUCUCUGUCUACAUUUUUACCAAGGUCCUCCUUGCUUGAGAUGA